AACAGGAUCAAACUUCCCUCCCAUCAGCAGCAGCAGCAGGAGCAGCGUGUUGUGUGAACAUGAAUACCCUGCAUGUGUGUGUGCGCUCAGACCGCCGUGCAAACGCGUUGUGAGAACGACCUCUCUGACUCACGUUGGUGCAGUGUUUUGGAGCCUCACCUGUGGGUCUGUGCACCGCUCUGAAAAGCAUGAAAACUGGGAUCCAGCAGCUGACAGGACGAGAGAGAGGAAGGUGCACAACCAGCGAGCUGUACCCUCAGGGUGAGCACAGAUUAGGAGUCUUAUUUUGGGCUCAUGCACGAAAUCUUUCUGCCGAGUUACCGACAGAGUUUGAAUGUGUCUCUGAAUUCUCUGUUUCACUAAAAACCCGAGCUGGUCUAUCCACAGUUUCGAGGGCAGUUGUGUCAUUUAUAUUCGUCUUUUACAGCCUACUUGAAAGUUGUCUCCCCCUUCUCCAGUCAAAAGCUGUUAAUUUGCCUUUUUAUUCCUCCAAAAGUAUUUCAAGGCAUCCUGUUGCACAAAAAAAUCUAAUAGAUUUCCCUUUCAGUCUUUGCAUUCUGCUGGAUUUCAGUCAUAAUUCAUCAGGCGUCCUCCCUUGAUCCUUUUUCCAGAGUAGUUGAUGUGGUUGUUUUUAUUUGGGAAAGUUUGAAGGAGAAGAAACUUCUACACUUAAUUAAAAACAAUUGUGUUUUCUAGUGUUUUACAAGGCAAGUUUUACUCUGUUUUAAAGCAAAUUAUCUCACCAGAUUCAGAGUGUAAUAGAAGAUCUUUCCCCUUAAGUACUCCUGAUAGUUGCCUGACUAAAAAAUGUUUGUUGCAAGUCAAAAUUAUUUAGACACACACUGAUUUAAUGUAAUCUUAAUAUCACAACUCAGUAUUUAUGAUACUCUGUGGUGCCUCUUGAACGCAGGGGCAUUUUAUAGGACUGUGUAACUUGAUAUUUUUAAUUCAGAAACACACUGCUGUAAGCUCAUCCAUAGUCUUCUAUGGUCAUAUUGUAAUUGUACAGAACAAUCUCAUGCCUUAACUAUUCUCUUGCUACUCUACAGACCACACAGCUGACACAAAGUCAUACCUGAAUACAUGACUCCCUCACUGCCCAUUUUUGCAGCAGUAUCAACCUGAUAGUAUAAUGCUGAUCUGGCUUAAAUGCACACGUCUGUUCCCAGAUCAGUUUGCUGUCAUAGAUUUGGAGUACAUGAAGGGGCUGUGAGGGUUACGAGGACAGAGCUGCCCUUGUUUUUUUUCUAAUUGAUGUGAUUCAGCAGUAGCGUCUUCGUCCGUAUGCCUUUCCUGGAACAAUCUGCAACCAACCGUAGCAGGUUAUGAAGGCUCCACUGAAGUCACGAGGCUUUCCUGUCUGAGAUAAUAUAGAUAUUUGUAUAUUUUUAUGUAUUUGAAUAUCUUAGGGGUGAUCAGGGUUAUCUUUUUCUGGUUAUACUUGAGCCAACUUUCAGAUUGAGGGGCUGAUUCUGAAAAUAACCCUGGAUUAAGCUGCGCAGAGCAGUGCUGCUUGCUGGCUUUGUUUUUGGGUGUGCAGUUCAAAGGUCAGGCUUCAGUUUGGUGAGAGGAACCGGGUAUGUUUAACAGCAACUGGUUGUUUCUUUAGGAGUUUUUUCUUGGGGAAAAGCACAAGUUGCAAAGCAGUUAUGACCCUACAAAGGAGAAUACAGUUUGGAUAAACUUUCUAUACAUUAGCAAAUGAGUAUGUAACUUUGGCACAUACUCUGUGGAAAACUAUAUCUUCUUGGCAUUUUGAAUGUCUAAUUUACGGUGUUUUAGUUUGUGAAUUUAUCAGGGUACGCGGGAGAGCUAUUGUACUGAUUGUCAAAAGAUUUAGACAGAUAUAAGAGAUAUAAAGUGUAUGGAAACAACAGGUAAAGUUUAAGAAAAGGAUCCCCACUGUGCUUGAAAACUGCGACAGUUGUCAUGUUGCUCAUUGAUGAAUCUGUUGAAUACCCAUUUCAUUUGCCUUUUCACGCACAAAACCAGUGAACGGUCAUGUUUGAGUCUUGUCCAGUGAGACAUCAGAAGUUGUCCCAGUGCCCUUGUUCUGUCCGUCAGCCUUCACCGCAGUGAACGUGGGAAUGUAGCACCUGUGUGUGAGUGCUGAGCUCCACAGCUUUGUGUGUGUUUGCAGCCAGGAGCCCUUGUCUUCAGGCAGAUAAGAUGGCCUUGGCCCGACAUCAACGUCAUGAUGUCCAGUGUUACACCUCAGUGAGAUUUUGGUUGCAGCCGACUCCGCGGGGACCUUGAAAUCUUCCCCAGCUUUAAAGGUCAGAUUCCUCACAUUGUGAUACACUCCCUCAGUAUUUGGAGGAAAUUUUCAGCACUCUCAGACUAUGAUACAAUUGUUUCCCUCCACUUCGCUUCCCUGUUUGAAUAAACCCCUCUCAUGAUUUGCAUUGAAUAUCCUGAUGAUUUUUUCCUUCUGUUGGGGAUGGUUAGAGGAUGUUCCUGCUUUAAAAAGCUGGAGGCAAAACUUUUUAUGACAGUUGCAUUACAAUAAGAUAAAAACAAUCUCUUCUGUGGUGUAACAACAUCAGUAACAAUAAAAAAGUCAAGAUGACAGGCGCUUCAUGACCUAUUAUUAGAAGGCCUUUUAAAAACAGUGUUUUGUCCUUUUUUCUUUAGUCUUAAAGCUCAUGCGAGGAGUUUUUUUUACAUUUAUAGACUGGAAUUCAUAUUGAUGUUUUCUUAUGAUAUACAAAAACAAACAGGACCAUCAGCAACAAGAAUGAUUAGUAUGCUGUCAUGUUUAAUGUCUUAAACCAGUGUGAGGGGGUAGGUGUCAGUAGAGGGGCUAAAGAAAAAGCCCUGUUUGUACAUUUUCAACAUUGAAUAUUGCAAAAAUUUACACAUUUGGCUGUUGUAAGUCAGCAGGAUGAGCUUUUUUGUCAGAAGACACUACUCAAACAUGUAGUGGACAGGAUACACUAUUGUUUUGCCUGCAGGAGGUGCCAAAACUGACACAAAAAAGUUCCUUACAGGACCUUUAAAUCAAAAUGUUUCUUCAUGACUCAGCUAAAAAAGUGUUAAGAGAAAUGGGAGCCCUAAUAAGUCAUCCUUUUAACACUUUAAGUUGCCUCUCUCCUUAUCCAGUUAUUAAUAAUUUUCAUCCUUAAACCCAAAUCCCCUCAUAGGUUAGGCUCCUCUCACUUCAUAGAGGAGGUUUGAACUUUACUCUGUCUCAUACAAUUUACAGACACCCAAUCUGAUCCAAUGCAAGCGAGAACUUGGCAUCAUUAUCGUAAAAACUCCCUCUGAUGAGCAGAAACCUUAAGCAGAACCAGACUCAGUGGUAGACAGCCAUCUGCCACAGGAGAGUGUUACAUCGAGAGACAGAAAGAGACAAAUGCUCAGACACAUGGCCAGGGACAAAAAUAAAAUAGAUCUUUAUAUACAUGUCUGCAUCAUACACACACUCCUUUCUCCGAAGAUGUCUGUGUGUGUGUACUUCAUAGAGGUUUAAUCACAGCCUCCUCUCCUUAACUGCUGAAAUGUGUUGUCACUGCGUUCGUGUCCUACAGCUGGUGCCCAGUUGUUUUGUCAUUUACUCUCUUGUCUUGGCAGUAAAUCCGCUAACAGAGUGACGGUGAAUUUAAACAUUUUCACAUUAGAGCUUAUUGAGUGAACACUUGGCAUACAGUGACACAAUAUUGACUCAGACUGCGUGAAUUGUCUCAGAAGUAGCUGUUGAAUAUCUGCUCUCAAUAUUGAUGUCAUGCAGUUGCUCCAUCGGCUGUAACAUAAGGCCGCUGCACUGAGGACUGGACUGGAUUGAUUCAGGCUGCAUGAUAGACUGUAUCAUAGAGAGCAGGGUUAUCUGAAGGAGCUCUUUGUUGCUGUCCACUAUCUGUUGAAUAAAAGUCUCACUGUACGAGUCUGGCUGGUGAAAAGUGUCUCUUUUCUGUUGGCAAGGCCGAGAGGAACUAAAUGUCGGGGUCAGUGAGAGUGUCAUCAGGUACACCAAACCGGGAUACAGAAGACGAGGGCAUUCAGACCUCUUUAAUCUCCUCUCUGUUGGAGAUACUUGGCCUGAACUUCAGCAGUUAUUGUAGGAUACUAUCAUGAGAUUAUAAGAUCAUGAAUAAAUGAAAAUACAUUAUUUUAUCACAACAAAUCAUUAACUGAAAUUGUCCUCCAAGAUCUGCAAUCAGAAAAUCAAAAGUGCAAAAACUGUCAAUCAUGUAGGUCAUUAAAAAAGUUGUUUUGUGUUAGUGAAUGUUUGGAUUUACUUUGUCAGCCACAUAUAUUUGUGUUCAAUUCUGCAAUUUCAUAAUACAUAUGAACCACACUAGACUUAAGGAAACAUAAUCUGGAUUAAUUUUUGUCUUAAUUUUUACAGGAUUAGUUUUUAGAUUAAUUCUUUGAUAAAAUAUGUAAAUAAGCAGAUUCAUCUGUAAUGAAAAAUCAAAAGUUGUUGUGAUUUAGUAUGUUUUCAUUCAUUUGGAAAAUAAUGGAGACCUGCAGAUAAUUUUUUUAAAGUAGUGUUGAUGUGCAUUACACAAAAACAAAUAUAUCAAAAUAUUUCGACCUAAAAAAACUAUAUAAAUCUCUUGAGCAUUAACUAUUUAAUGUGGAUCAGAAUGAGUGUUUCACACGGGUUUUACUUUGUUUUGUCCGUUAAGGUUUCGUAUUAACAAUACUGACAGAUGGCUGUAUUGUUAAUUUACAGUAUGUUGAGUCAUCUUUCUGAAACUUGUCUUCUUCCUCCUCCUCUUCCUUGUCUUCAGGCUGUCAGUAGGGAAUCAUGUGCAGCUUCUUGAGCCCCAAACAGCCCAGUGGGCCCGGCCUCACAGACAUGCAGCAGUAUCACCAGUGGCUGUCCAGCAGACAUGAAGCCAGCCUGCUGCCCAUGAAGGAGGACCUCGCCCUGUGGCUCAGCAAUAUUCUUGGUAAACAACAUGACUCAUCAAACUUCGUGCUGGCAGCUUUGCUCCUCUGACUACACCUGCUUUUCUCUCAAUCUGUUCCUAAUAACAGCUGUUGAUGUAAACGGAAACUGUAUAUACAGUAGGAUACAGUGGGAUACCUCAUUGCUUCUGGAUCAAGUUACAAACAGGCUGCAUUAAAAUAAUUAUGUUAUAUUUUUCAUAUUACUGCCAUAAAGCACAACAGUUUAGAGAAAAUUACUCAUUCUCACCAACAUCAACAACCCCUGAGGUGUUGCAGCUGAUUAAUUUAAAGACAUUUCCUUACAAAUAGGUUUAAGAAAACGUCCUUAUCCUCAAUAUUAAUGGCAUAGGUAUUGCUGAUGUAAACACCUGUGCAGGGGGCUGAAAUCAAUCUGAACCUCAUUACAGUCCAUCUCAAAAUCCCCAAUGCUUGUGAACUAGACUCAUUGGUCACACACUCUGCCGUAGGUUCACUUUAAGUGAAUAAUGGGAGUCGUUAAGAGUUCUCGAAUAAUGCACAGCAAGCGCAGGAAAGUAAGAAGCAGGGAGAAAAAUCAGCAGAAGCUCUGUACAAAGUCUGUACUGCAUAUUAAAUGACUCUAUGUUGUGUUGGGAUUAUAAAGGCCAAUCUCAGAACAAAUUUAUGGUGCACUCCUAAGAUCUGAUUCAAACUCAAAGUCUCAGAUUUUAUAGUUUGUUUCUAAAAAAGGAAAGAUGGGGAUAAGAAGUAGAUUAAUAGUAAAUAAGUUUAAAUGUAUGCCUCAUAAGGCUGCCAAAGGGCUUACUGAGCCUUGGCACCAACGACAACACAAUGUUGUGUUUGUUAGCAAAACACAAAUUCCCCAGAUUCCUCCAGCAGAAUAGGUUUUAUAUCAAUAAUACAGUAAUUGUUCCCUGGAUUACCAGAGGCAAACUGUUUGUUAACAAGUAGUUUAUUUGUGUGUUUUGUUAAAGUCUUCACAGAGAGACCAAUCUCCUUAUGGUUGUUCUUCUGAAUAUGCUUUUGAACUGUGCAAAACUGUGUUUCAUACAGUUGAAAUUGGUCAUAGUAGCUCAGCUGGACGACUGCAUUCACCAAGUGCCACACAUGUUAUCUCUGGGGGACUGUGCUUUUUGCUUGUUUGCACUUCAUACAGCUGAUCUGGAAAGCUCUGAACUGCUUUGGGAUCAAGGACAGAAGACUUUGAACAAAUGCGUGUCAGAAGCAUCCAUGUGAUUUCAGUAAACACACAGUAGCAGCACAGUUUGUUGGAAGAACGCGUUGACAUGCUUACACAUCUAAGUGGGAGGAGCGGUGCAGACGAUCGAUCGAUGAUCCAGUGGGAGGCGGAUGACUCAUAAUGUUUUUGUGAGCAAUUUAUAGGACUGAGUAUUAGAGUUUAGAUGUUACUGUGAGAGCUCUUGAGGAGUUUUGGUCCUCAUAGAGAGAGAGAGAGAGAGAGAGUUUGAGCACAUAAGACAAGAGCUCACUUAGUAUUUCUCAAGAUUUCAAUCUCUCCUUUCUGGGCUCAAUCACAACAUUUGGAACUCAUUAAACGUCAAACCUCCAAGACCCCUCCUCCUAUAAGAGGCAGAGAGGGGAUUUGAAAAAAAUCUCCCCGGGUCUUUCCACAGACACCCCCCUGCCACCACCUCCUAUUUCACAAUGAUCUAACUGAGAAGGAAUGGUCGUCUGGAAGUCAGUCAACUGGACACCACAUGUUGAUCACUGAUCUAUUUCUGCAACCGUGCAGAAUAAUGAGGCUUUACCGUGCACAAUCGGAGGCACACAUUUCAUGUGACCCUGUCUUUGCCGGCCUUUGCAACACAACCAAAGAAUCCCUAAAGUUUCUCUGAAGUCAUGUAAAAAUGUUUGCACAUUUGGAUUCUGCAGUGCUGCUUAAACUGAGCAGCUCAAGCCAAGCUCAAUCAGCCAAGCAGUCUCUGAGAGUCAAUAACACUGCGUCUGGAAACUAUGUUAUAUAUCCUUAUACACUAUAUACAUAUAUAUAUAUGUUCUACAAUGACUGUUUUUAUGUUGGAUUUAUUGCUGGACACUCUGCUUUCUUUACGUGUCCUCUGGUUAGGUCUGGAAAUCACCGCAGAGAGCUUCAUGGAUCGCUUGGACAACGGCUUCCUGUUGUGCCAGCUGGCUGAGACGCUGCAGGAGAAGUUCAGGCAGAGUAAUGGAGGCUUGGCUGCUCAUGGAAACAGAAAGGUGCAGAAAAACAGAGAAUGACGGUAAUCUGGCACUGUAAAACCGACAGUGAGGAAGUCACAUCAAGGAUCUCCUGUAUCGACUCUGGGUUUGCAUACUUGAACAGAUUUUUGAAAAAGAAAGGAGAUCCAUCAUUUAAGCAGUUUUAUGAGCUCAAUUCGACCGUCACCUCUAUGAUCACAGUUUACAUUUUAAUAUUUACCCUUUGUGAUUCAUAAAGAAAAGGAGUCCGCUAAUUAUAAAUGUCAUGUGUUAUCUUUACUUACAUUAUUUUGAUGAAUUUUCACAUGAAAACCCGUUAAAAUCAAGUUUCACUUUUAAAUUCAAGGAUCAAACUGCUUGACAUCAACAGUAUUGAGGUUACAAUAUAUUGAUCCACAGAGAGACAGGAAACAGCUUUACUCUGAUAUUAGGUUUCUCUCGAUAAGAUCAAUAAGAGACCUUGUUUCCCAAAGGAUUAGUGAUAUCAAACCCUUAAAAGAGUAAAAAGAGACAGAGAGAAAAGAAAGUAAAACCUAAUCAGUUCUGAAUUCGAUCUCCAUCAUGUCCUGUAUUUUGCCUGCUGGCUGCUUUCUCCAGCUCAGAAAUGACUAUAUGAAUCCCAACUUUGUAAGGGGCUCCAGAAACCUAUGCAUAAUAGGUUAGAGGGAGGAUGGGGGAUGGGAGGAGCAGCCUCAGCGAGCCAAAAAAACGGAAAAAAAGAUGGUUAAGAAAAAGAAAAUAUAAGGUUGGCUCGAUCACAUUAGCUGGUGGGGCCCCACAUCUGCAGUUAGAAAUGGUAAGACCACGGUAAAUGUUUGUUAUGUGGGAGUUUUGAGUGAAGGUUAAAUCAUUAUCAAAAUAUCAGUGGGUUACCUUGUAUGUUGUUGUCUGUAAUUCAAACCAGCAGUAACGUGCUGCAGUAUAUUUAACCAGGUUAGCGCUCAAAAAGAACAAAUGACCUGAGGUGUAAAACUUUUGAUCGUAUCACCAUCAGAGCUCCCGUGUAUGAGUUCAUCCAUGUAGGAUUUAUGAGUUCUUUAAUCGUUUUCUAAUUAUCUUCUUUUUAUAAAGAAACUUUAUUGAGAUAAUUGUGUUUUUUAAAACUCAAAUAAACCAAAAACAUUCAAAUCUGACAAUGCCAAAUGCUAAAGGACAGUGAUAAAGAUAAAAAUCCCUUCCUGGUGCUGGAAACGAUAAAACACAAAACUCACUCCAUAUGUUAAGCAUCCAUACUUCCUUUUACAUUGAACAAACACCUGGUGCUCUGUGGGAUUACAUGGGAAACAGUGAUCAGGGUGUGUUUCUGUCCAGAGGGAAGUAAAUCGCUCUCUUCAGUUGGCUCAGUCUUUGGUGAGAGCUGUUGAUGUUUGCACUGAGGCAUUACUGUGCUGAUGACGAUUCAGUCUCCUGAUCUCAGUCUGAGUGUUGCUGCACAGAUGUGAGGAGACACUUGAGGUCAAUGACCGUGGGACACAGGAAUAGAGAGGCCCAUUGAUCGUCGAGAGCAGAGGAGUCCUGAGACAGAUAGGAGCCUUUGAAAUAAAAAGAUAGUGAACUUCUCUGAGCUUCAGGCUUUGAAAUCACUCUAAGUUGUGUUUUGAUGUUUUAAAAAGCAUGAUUUAUCGCUGUUAGUUGGUAUAAAGGCUGCUUACAGCUCAUAUUAAGUGCCCACAGUUUAACAAAGCAUGAAAGAUUUAUCACAGUCUUUGUGCUUGAUACUUUGCACUUCAUCUUACGUCAUUAAACGUUCAUAAUUCAUGUCAAACAAAUGUGGCUUGAGCAGCUUACUGUUGCACUUUUUAAGUUGUAAUUGUUCAUGAUAAAUCACUUAAAUCAAAAUGUAUAUCUACUUUGAAGUCCUGCUGUAAGUUGGUGUGGUGUUUGAGGUUCAGCUUAAGUGAUUCCAGGAGAGAUAAAUCCCUUUGUAGCUGCUGUCUAACGCGCGUCUUCCCGCAUAUUGAGCUCAAUCUAUACUCGCCACAGAUGUAUGGAGAUGAUAUUUCUUCUUGUCACAUCACCUACAUGUGCCAAGUUCAAUACAACCGCCUCAUUAACAGCUAAACUUUGUUGUUAUACCAAACAAUUUACCCCGCUGAAGAAAAAAGGACAAAGAAAAAGACUUAUUUGUCCUGUUGACAUGUUGACACAGCUAGAAACUUCUUGUUUAUACCAGUUAACAUAUAAAAUAGAAACUGAAUGAUGGCGAACAAUUACCCACAGUGCCUCUUAACCACCAUAGUAUAUCUUAUUUUAAGAAAUUGAUACAAAACUUUUCUGCAGGUCUAUUUAAGGAAUUCUAAGUAGGGAUAUUCUGAUUCAACUAAUUUACCAAUUGUUCAAACAUAAAUCUAAAAUUCUGAAGUAAAUUUUUCAGAAAUUUCAGAAAACAGUCAGGAUUGAGCACUAUACAUUUGACAUGGCUGAAGACGUGAUCACAGAGUCAGUGGGUAAAUGAUUUCCCAUUGGUUUGCUGAGUGUGGCUAAUAUCAGCAGAGCUAGCACUACAGAUUUUUACGUCCACAUGUCUGUGCUGGUUUUAUAAAUCGCUCUAGUCAAGUGGUUAAAUACCAGUUUGACCUGACGCAGCGUACAUACAAUAAUCUACAUUUUCCAAAUCAAAAUACUGUCAAACCACACCAUGUUAUGAGAAACUAUGCGUCAUGAAUGUUUGUUUACAUUAAUAGAGAAGAGCUCUAGAAUAACGGCAGCAGACAGCCCUGGUUUGUGGGGGGUUGCUGGUAUAUAAGGCAUACAGUGGACAAAACAUUAGUAAUUUCUUUAACCUUCUAGAAACUAGCUGACCAGUAGCUCCUGACAUGACAAAGGUGAUACAUUUAGUUUUUUAAUGAAAUAUUCUCAUCUCUUAUUUGAUUAUCCUUCCCUGUCCCCAUUUGUGGUUACAACCUUUUUCAUUUUUGAAAAUUGUAAAAAUUCUGAGGCUUCUGUGGACUUAUGAGACGUGUGAAAGGGUGGAUUAUAAUCAAGCAUCCAUAAAAAUAAGUCACUCUAUUGUAAGAUCAAAUGACCAUCACAAUGUGGCUUUCAUUGUUUCUUCAGGAAUACAAAGUAACUCAACACAAGAAAGGGAUUUUAAGAAAAAAAGUCAAAGAGAGUCUGGAAAGAAAAGAAAAAUACCCACCAAAGUCUGCAUACUUCCAGCAUGAGCUCACUGCACCUUUCUCAUAGCACAGACACACAUAUCCUGAAUAAAACCACAGCAAGGCGCAUAAAUCUCCCUGAAACAGACCGCGUGGGGGCUGAAACCCGUGAGCAUGUCAUUUGAUCCCCAAUCAUAAGAGGCCUGGUAAAGUAGCCUAACCCGCCAUCUCCUUUAUUGAUCUGUGUGGAGAAGGUUCUUGAUCCUGAGCUGAAACUAGAGCCCCAGCAGAUGGUGAAGAAAUCACUGUAGAUCAAAAAUGUGUGACUUUAUGUUUUGAUGGGAAAUUCAGGGAUUUGGGCAGGACAAGUCAUCCUGGUGGAGGUUUGCGUCGCCUCAGUGAAAUGCACAGUGAAGGUUCAUAUUUCUGUUUUAGUAAUAAUCCUUUUAAUGCCAGUUAGAGAUCAUUACUAAUUUUGGGAUUACUUUUUUAAGUCUAAAAUAUCUGCAUGUCUUUCUUCGUCUUUAGCAGAGUAUCCCACAUCAGAGGAUACCAUGUCGGCAGAGCGCCCCCUCUGGCUCCUUUUUCGCACGGGACAACACAGCCAACUUCCUGUCAUGGUGUCGCAAAGUCGGAGUCGGAGAGACAUGUCUCUUUGAGUCAGAGGAUUUAGGUGAGUUUAGAAAAGUAACCAAACAGAGACAAAUGUCUAGGUCUGGUCCUGCUGUCGGGGAGGUUGGACCCUCUCCAACCCUCCCAGGCUCAGAGGACUCACAUCUCCAGGAUUUGGUAAACUUCUUCAACAUCUGCACAAAGCUCAGGAGGGGCAGCGGUCCUCUGUGAGCACUAUGAGAGGAGCAGCUCAACCUAACUUAGGGGAUUUAUAAUAGUGCACUCGUGCACUAAGUGUCUGUCUAAAACAAAGAGAGCGUACACAGAAGGUUGUGAGUUGGAGAGAAAGUAGGCCAAUGCAAUGCAAAUGUUUCCCUCGGCGCAGAGAAGGGACAUUUUGCCUUCUCCCUCAUCAGCACAGUUUGUUAUCUAAAAUAUGACUCUUAGAUCGACUGUAAGGGUUUUUUUGUGUGUUAUGCCACAGAAAUAGUCGUGCCUUGACCAAAAUAUGAUCCUUACAUUCCUGAUGAGCACUGUGACCCAGCCUGUGACAGAGAUAUGUGGACAUUCCUGCAAUAUUUUACAAUGGUUGGUUGGACGUGGCUGAGCAAUUUUGACUAUGCAAAUCCUUUUGAAGGCCACGUUACACGCUAACCUAUGAAACCUACAUUGUACAGUAACAUAUGAACACUACAUGUACUGUGUGUGUGAUGCAAAAUGUUACUAAAUACUUUGGAAAACAGAAACGGCUGACCUUUUUCUUUUUUCUCUUUUUUCCUUCUUUCUCUGGGUGGAUUUGUCAGUUCCGCAGUAGACGUAAGAACUCCAGGUUUGCUAUCAUGCGGUGGAUAAUUUGUCUUAAAUGCAUGGUGUGCUGUGUCACCUGUAUCUUGUACCCACUCUCACUGCCUUGUCAUACAUGUAGUUAGAUUAUAUUAAGCACCUUAAUUCUUUAUAUAAACAUCCCCUGGACUUGAACGUUUACACUCACAUUAGAUCUGGAAUGACAUGACUGAAGUGAGGAGGGUGGUUUGAAUGAAUGGAGUUUGUGAGCUCAUCUUUAUGUCUCCUUUUGCCAUUUUACAGCCACUCAUCCUCACUCAUUACUUUUUUUCAGAUACCUUGUCUUUCAAAUGUGUUAGCAAAGGUUAAAACACUCUCUCUCUCUCUCUCUGUAGUUCUUCAUAAGCAGCCCAGAGAGGUGUGUCUCUGUCUUUUAGAGUUGGGACGGAUAGCAUCAAGGUACCAUUCUGCUUCUUAUAUGCUUACUUUAGAUCAUCCAAAGCCUUUUAUAUUCAAUCGUUUGAUUUUAGACUUUGGAAAUGACAUUAUUCUUUGUGAUCUUUUUCCAGGUAUAACGUGGAGCCUCCUGGCCUUAUAAAACUGGAGAAAGAGAUUGAACAGGAAGAGAAAGCUCCUCCACCCCCUCCAUCACCUGUAUCGCCAGCGCAGCCCCUCCCUCCAUCCCCAUCUUCAUCUCCUUCCCCGUCUCCAACACCAACUACGACCAAAGUCAGCUCUACCAGGAAGAGUACGGGGAAACUGCUGGAUGAUGCUGUAAGUCAGCAGUGGGAAACCUUUUUGUUUGGUUUAGUUUCAACUGUUGAUAUCAGAGUGGAAACAUUUGUGUUUAUUACAGGUGAGACACAUCGCUGACGACCCGCCCUGCAGAUGUCUGAAUAAAUUCUGUGUGGAGAGACACUCACAGGGUCGAUAUCGUGUCGGAGAGAAGAUGCUUUUUAUUCGGGUGAGUAUUUACAAGGAGUUGUAGAUUUAUGGGGCAUCUGGUUUGAAGAUAAUUCAGAUCUAUUACUUUGAAAACUACACCAGACAUGUUUUCAGUGCAAAAUAAAGUCAUGGUCUCUCCGUCCAAUGUGGCUGUAAAUAAAAGAAUUGAAUGUUGAUAAGAGACCAAAAGAACUAGUGUGAAAACUGUAUUAAGAUGAUUUCAGAUCAAUUUGGAUUUUUAAGUCAUGCUUUCAUUUGCUUGUGAGGAUUGAAUUUGCUGUCAUCAGAUAAUGGCAUAAAAAAAAAAAAAAGAGAAAAAUUUCCAUCAUAGAGAAACUUUUACCUUGAGAGCUGGCUGGAGUUCACAGGCUUGAGAAAGGACUGGGACACCACAACUAAACCAUGCCUGUGCCGACCACCUCUUACUCCUCUCACAGGUUUGAACCACUUGAUGACAGACAUGGAGUCCGGCUGAUCCAUCGGCUUUGUAAGGUUAUCUGAGUACUUUACACUAAAAGAGGUCCUGGUGCAAUUUAGCAGAAGUAAAUAUUCAUCAACAGUGCUUAAAGCUCCUGUGAGGAGUUUUAAUAAUUCUGAAAAUACAGUGAAAUUAAUAUUAACGCAUUUUUAUUACACACAAAAGCAAAAAGCCAUCAGCAACACGACUGACUUUUUGCUCUAUCCUUUUUAAUGUCUGAAACCAGUGCGAGGUCGGUGUCAGCCAAGCAGCUGAAGAAACCGCCCUGUUUUUUACUGUUUCCAUACAUAAUACUUUUAACAGAUGCUACAUUCGCUGGUCAAGAGUCAACGGGAAGACAUUUUUUGGCAGAAGACAUUAAAGUAUGUAAAGGAGCAGAUAAACAUGGACUGCUUUAUCCACAGGGGGCGCCAAAUUUGAUACAAACUAAAAGUUCCUCUCAGGAGCUUCAAGCUACACUUGGAGGUUUUUUUUUUCUUUUUCAUAAUCAAAUACAUUAAUCUUUAUUCUACUUCUUUAUUAUUUUUGGAGACACAAAUGCACAAUCGUGACGCAUCGUGACGACUCGUAAGACACACAUGAAAAACAUAACAGCAAAGUGAUAUAUAUUUGUAAAUAUUGAGCAGGUAUGUAAGUUUAAUUUAAACUCCUGUAGGGGACUAAUGUUUGUGAUGAUUUUGUGGAAAAAGUGAAGAAACGCUGUUUUUCAUAGUUGUUUGGUCUGACUCCUAACUCCUGCAGCAGUCAUCGGCAUUAAACUACAAUAAGGGAAAUGUCCGCCUUGGUGCUAACGGUCUCAUUUGCUUUUGUUCAUCAUAAAAAGACAAAAUACCCCUUAAAUAAGCGUGGAGUGUACAUUUAAAGUUGAUCAAUUAGGUUGCUUUUUGAGUUUUUGUGUCAUGACAAACCAGAGGAAACAGAAAAUGAUACAGCCUCUCAUUUCUGCUGAUGUGAGUCACAUCUGUUCUUUUAAUUUAUUAAUCAGUCUGGGUUGAAAACAAUACGGUCUCACAUUGCAGUAUAAACCCGCUCUCUAUUUCCGCAGCAUAUGGUGGUGUGUUGAUACUCGGGUUUGGCUUUGGGAUGAAAGUAACUCAUUGUGUCUUUGCUGUGAGCUCUCAUUUACUGGUGAUGGUAUUCCUGCAAUGUCCUUCUCCAGCCAAACAUAAUGUGACUCAUGAGCUAUAAAAUGAAAUCACCCCCACACAUUUCCAUACAGUCUGGUCACCAAAUUAUUACAAGGAAAAUAUUUUACUAACUAUAUCACCAAGUGCUGCCAUGUGGUUGAAUUCACAGUAGAGAAAACGGCACUAGACUCUGAGGAGAGAGAGUACUGGAGAAGAUAAACGGAGGCUAACACAGUUUAGAGGAGUAGCAUUGGCCCCCUUGGGAUCCCGGUUCCCUGGCAACACAUAACCAGGAUUCACACCUCUAAGAAUGUGAUUCAUGUGGACGGUAUGCUCUGUGUGUGAAGACAUUCAAAAAAUAUUCACUCUUGGAUGUCCUCUGCUGUCGGCGUAUUAUAUUGCACCUCCUGAUUGAAAAAUACUGUAUAAAUCAAAUUAAUUUAAAGUCAUUUUAAAUUUGGGGGAAACAAGUUGUAUUUGAACAUUGGUAACAACAAAAAAAUCUGAUUUCCUUCUUGAAAAAUUCAAUGUUUUCUCAAAUAAAAUAUUUUGCAUCUUACAGUGCAUUUUAAAAGACUGAAUGCUUCAGUCCUUAAGGUGUUGCUGAGCAACCAAGGACAAGUGGUUCACGGUGUUCUGAAGCUGUCGGUCAUACAGAAUAUAGUCAACACUGCCUUAAAUAUCAGCUUUGGAAAGGGUGGGUAUGAAAAUGGAAUUGCAAUAGACUUGGAUUAGCAUGUUUAAGAAAUGUUUGCAGUAAUAUGUGGGAAACAUUACGAGCCAUAAAAGGAGCAGGGGCAUGAACCAGCUGGUGUCAUAAACAGAUUCCACAAUCAUAAAAUGCCUCAAAUGUCACAUGUGUACCUCCAUGUGUUAUCAUGUGUACAAGUCAAAGUCUCAGAAUAUGAGAGACAUUAUUUGAUUAGACAUUAAAUCAUCAUUCCUCCGUCUCUAAGCCAGCAGUCUUCACUAAAAAAUGACAAAAUCCUUUAAUUAAAAUUCCUUAAAUGCCCCCCCCACCACCACCCCACCACCACUAUCACCCCACCCCAAGCAGCUGCUUCCACUGAAAAGCCAUGAAUACAGUAAUGCUGAGUCUCUGCCUCCACAGGACAACAGAGGCAGGACAUCUAAGAGUCUAGAUAAUUAUCCGUACAGCCUGAGAGAGUGACCUUCCCAGCUCCUGCAAUAAAUGAGUUGGUUGUAGCUUCUACAAAGGGGCAGAGUAACAUUGCAGUGUUUGUAGGAAAGUGCUGCCGGAGCUCAGCCCCAUGGCCACUGUCCUUCUCAGGCUGCAUAAGAGGAGGGAGGAGGAGGAGGAGGAUUGGGCCAUAGCAAGGGUCUUGUCCCAAAACAGUGUGAUGGAAACCUCCCAGCACCGCACAGGUCCAUUAAAGCCACAGUCACAAAGCCUGGAGGCCUGAAGCUGGUGAUUGGAAGCUGUGGCCAACCAUUGCCCCCUUGAUUGAUUCUUGUAAGAGGCUUAUAAAUGUUGCAUGUUCGGCUGCUGGAGGGCAGGAAGCCUCAUAACAAGUCAGGCUGAGGUGACAAUCUCAUGAGGUACUUUACCCUUUUUAUCAAACAAUUCAGCUUGGUAUUUGUCUGAAACACUCCUCUACUACUCAUGCUUUAGAAUGAAAACCUAUUCUCUUAAUAGUCUGGAUUAUCUUUUCCAUGAAACGUUUCUUCUCAGAUCCAUAAACAGGUUUGCUUUAGUCAGGGUGUAAUGAUGUGUUAAUGAGGUUGGGGGCAAUAAGGCCUCAUAGUGCAGCAGACAUGUUUUAUGUGUACACACUCAGGGGAAUGAGAGUCCAAGCUCCCAAUAUACCGGAGCCUUUUAUUCCUCCAUCUCUCUAUUCUAAUGGCCAAUGUUGCCAUGGUACCCAACCUUGAGAAUGUGCCCUGAUGCUGGAGGUGGCGUAUUCUGACGCAAAUACUGCAGAUUGAACAAUGAAUCAACACUAUGAAAUUCCUCAGGCAGGCUUCGUGUAUACUGUAAUUUUUAUUAAUCAAGUAACCACUAAAUAUUUAUCUAUGCUGGCAGCUUUGUUUUGGAGAUGUCAGUGUCGGCCUGUUGGUCUCUGGACUCUUAGCUUAAAAACCAGCAGCAUUAAGCAUCUCAUUUAACUGGGCAUGGGUCAUUUCAUGGGUCCUAAUGAUGAAUGCCAAACACUUAUGAGACCCCCCCUGGACUUUUUCCAGCAUGCAACUUCCAGGUUUGCGUUUGUCCUUCCCAGAGAAGAUUAUCAGUAGAUUCUUGAGGAUUUUUAAUCAACAUUCAUUCUCUGUCCGUGAAUGAAUAAUGUUAAUUCUGUGAUUUCCUGCCUUGAUCAGGUCAAAGUUUUCAGUAUCCACUAAAUACUAACUCGAUAGUGUAUUUGCUAUGCAAUUCUGUGUAUGCGAACAUGUUUGUAUCAUUAUUUGCUCCAAGCAUUUCUCUCCUAAAGUACACACUCUCACAGCCACUGGCAUGACUUGUGUGGAUUAUGUAAUUAUAGAAAUCAAACAGUAAAAGGAAUCAAUCAUUCUGUUUGGCUGCAGCUUGCUCAACAAGACAUUAAGCUGAUCAGAGAUAGAGCAAGCGCUUCUCCAGGGACAUCAACCAGUCUAUCAAUCAACCCACACAUAAAAGCCAUGCUUGACUAUUCAUUCAGUGUCUGCCGCUGCAGAAAAGCUUGAAUCAGUAAAAAUGACAUCAAUCCUACAGAAUAGAGGGUUUUGUAAUCUCUCCAUUGACACACAGACAGCAGGAGUGUAACUACAGUCCUGUUUCUUUCUGCAGAUGCUACACAACAAGCACGUGAUGGUGCGUGUUGGUGGAGGCUGGGAGACCUUCGAGAGCUACCUGCUGAAACAUGACCCGUGUCGUAUGCUUCAAAUCUCUCGGGUGGAGGGCAAGACUUCCCCCAUCAGCGGCAGUAAGUCUCCAAGUAUCAAGGACCUCGCACCUGACAGCUACCUGGUGGUAGCAGCUCACUAUCGCAGCAAAAAGUGAAAAGAAGUUGAAAGAUAAGAGUCUGCAAAGUUCCAUCGGUAGAAGGACACUUCUUGCCAUUGUUUACCGCUGAAUGGAUGUAGGAGCAAAACACAGUGCACAGUAUAGCUAUGGACACAACUGCAGCGAUGGAAAACACAUUAGUGUUUCAUCAGUCCCAGAGAAAAUUCCAUGUUAAGUGUCUAUGUGCAGGUCAGGACUGGAGUCUCUCUAGUAUGCCCAUAAAAUGUGUUAUAUUUAGUUUAAUAGAUCCUGUAAACAGCUUCGAAACGGGCCUGCAAUAUAAUGGGAAAGCUUGGUAAAGGCUGUACAGUUAAAGCUGUACAUUUAUGGAGUUGUUUUUACAAUUUCUUAUUGUAUUUUCAGCAAUAUAACACUUUUAGUAGUUUUUCUUUCUUUGUUUUGUAAAGUAUACUCAUGUUGUCUUUUCAGGCCUGCAGUGUCAGGCUCUAUUCGUACUUUAGAAAAUGAACUUUUUCUAAGUGUCUUUAAAAAGGGGAGGUUUUUGCAUCGUGAAGGAGCCGGUAUUCCUUGACAAAUGUGUGUGUGAUAUUAAGAAGUUAGUAGACGUUUUUAUCUUGGACAAAUUCUUGUUUUGAUUUUGUGAUUUGGUUACUGUCUUAUAGUAUUUUGACUACAUGGGUGUCUUUACACUCAGACCACAAAUUGAACUUUUAAGGUAAAUAUCAUUAGAAUGGGAGGAUAUUUCAACGUCCAGAGACAUGUAAUUUACCAAAUCUUUAAUCAUAAUCCACAAUGUAGUGUUAUUUCACUGCCUAUAUUUAAAGCCAAACCAAAAUGGACAUCAAAUGUGGAGUUUUUCUGUAUAAUGCAUUUCUUUAAAGUAAUACUUGAUUAACUAUUCUAUGCAAUUCAUUUUUUAUACUGUAAUCAUGAAUAAUUUGGGGGUGGAAAUUUUGCUUGUUGUAAAAAACGUUCCUUAGAAGAACAGGACAAUCUCCUGUACCAGAUGCAGUGUGCAGCCUAGAAGAUAUAAAUUUUUGAUAGUUCUGAAGAAUCCCUCGUUUGUUCUGAAAUUAUUUAAUUUGUUGCAUUUUACUGACCCCUAGUGCUAUCAGUGAUACUUGGUGAGUUGUGUUUCUUUACGCUUGUUUCUCGAAAUUGUUUAAUAAUGUUUUUUUUGUUGGUUCAUGUAUUAAUUUUUACAAAUACUAGUAAGAAUGUGGAGUUGAUUUAAGAUACUUGUCUAUGCAAAAAAUAAUAAUAAAUUUAAAACAAAAAACAACCAAACCCAAAGGCUUUUAUGUGGAGGAAACAUGUCAAGAGGCAAGUUUUCAAUAAACCAUCGAAACUUUAACCUUCACAA